UCACAGUCCCCCCUCUGUCUCUCUCUCUCUCUCGUUCGCAAGCUGCGAUUUUUAAGCUUCUUGGAGCUCCGCUGUUGCUUUUUCUCUGCUGCUUCCUCCCCAUCAUUCCCUCGCCAUUCUCUUGUUCCCUCCAUUACUUCAACCACCGCUGCCGUUCCAUCAUUCCCCACCUCUCUCUCCUCGACCCCUUUUUCCCACGCCUCCACUGAACGCUGUCUCGCCAAAGCAUCGCGCGGGGUUCUCCACGCCCUGUUUUGUGCUCUUUCGGCUUUCUUGAGCGCCUGGUUUCGAUAAAAGUUGAUGACUUUUUGACGCGGUUUUGCUUUAGCCUCGCUUCCAUUGUUUCCAAGUACAGAAGACACCCUUCACGAAUCUCUCUCCUCAGAGAUCUUUACUGCGCUCAAAUGGGUCGACAUUGACUUGGGUUCGGUGGAAAGUGCUGUUCUUUUGGGGACCCGGGACGAGUUUCUUGUUCUUGUCGGCCUCUUUGGGGUGGUGAAUUGUGGAGGGGUUGGUUGUUUUGGGGCUGCUUCAGAUCUUGGGAGCAUUUCCGUGGGGAUAUCUUGAGCAGAGAUGGUUGCAGAACCUUGGAUACUCAAGAUGGGCAAUCAGGUGAGUGCGAAUCUCAAGCACGCUCUUCUUUUAGAAAGUUCCAAGAAAAGGAGGAACCUUAAGAAGCCGGAGGUUAAGCAGGUUAUUGGGAUUCUCUCUUUCGAAGUGGCUGAUAUAAUGUCCAAAACUGUUCACCUGCACAAGUCCUUGUGUGAUGGGGAGAUAGUGAAGCUCCAAAAUGAGAUCUUGAAGUCCGAGGGGGUUAGGAGGUUGAUUUCGUCGGACGAGUCUCGGAUUCUAGAGCUUGUCCUGGCCGAGAAGCUCGAUGACCUGAGCCGGGUGGCUGGUGUUGUUUCUAGGCUCGGUAAGAAGUGUAGUGAGCCCGCAUUGCAGGGUUUCGAGCAUGUGUAUGGGGACAUAAUGAAUGGAGUGAUUGAGGUCAAGGAUUUGGGGUUCCUAGUGAAGGACAUGGACGGGAUGGUGAGGAAGAUGGAGCGGUAUGUGAGCACGACGACAAAUUUGUUCAAUGAAAUGGAGGUCUUGAAUGAGUUGGAGCAGGCAACGAAGAAGUUCCAGAAUAACCAGCAUGAGGAGAGCCGGCGCGCUUUUGAGCAGAAGCUGAUUUGGCAGAAGCAAGACGUGAGGCAUCUUAAGGAUGUCUCUCUUUGGAACCAGACUUAUGAUAAGGUUGUAGAGCUUUUGGCAAGGACGGUGUGCACGAUAUACGCGAGGCUUUGUGCUGUGUUCGGCGAGUCUGCUUUGAGAGGGGAUGUUUCGGGCUUUGUUAGAGGAAAUUCUUCUCCGGUGAUGAACAACCGUACUUAUGGUUCUGGUCAGAUUGGCGAUUUUGGUACGAGGAGAGGUGAAGUAGAGUUAUUUCACGCUGAAGAUUUUAAUUUUCCAUGUGUGACUAGCCCUGGGAGAAUUUUCAUGGAUUGUCUUAGCCUGAGCAGCUCGGUUUCAAGAAUAGAUGAUGAUGAUGAUGAUACCUUGGAUCAUGACGAGCAAAGUAGCCAGAUUUCCGGGUGCGGCAGUAUUUUCAGUGGAAGCAUAAAGAAAGAACAAUUGACAUAUUCUGGCUGUGCUGGUCAAUCCCAUUUCUCGGUGUCUUCCAUCAGCAGUCAAAGGCUAUCCAAAUCAGCUGUCAUAGGCAAUCCUCAGUUCGGUCCCAAGAGUAGAUUAGCACUCUUUGCCUCUCCAUCCACCGUGGGAGGUUCUGCUUUAGCCUUGCAUUAUGCAAAUCUCAUAAUUGUUUUAGAGAAGCUGCUGCGAUAUCCUCAUUUGGUCGGCGAGGAAGCUAGAGAUGAUUUAUAUCAGAUGCUACCUACAAGCUUAAGAAUGUCCAUGAAGACUAAUCUGAAAUCGUAUGUGAAGAACUUGGCUAUAUAUGAUGCUCCGCUUGCCCACGAUUGGAAAGAGAGACUUGAUGACAUACUAAGGUGGCUUGCCCCGCUGGCACAUAACAUGAUCAGGUGGCAAAGUGAACGUAACUUUGAGCAGCAUCAAAUUGUUACCCGAACAAAUGUUCUUUUGCUUCAGACACUGUAUUUUGCAGACAGGGAAAAGGCUGAGGCGGUAAUAUGUGAGCUACUCGUCGGGUUGAAUUAUAUAUGUCGAUAUGAGCUUCAACAGAAUGCAUUGCUGGACUGUGCUAGUAGUUUUGAUUUUGAAGACUGUUUGGAAUGGCAAAUGCAGCGCUCUUUUUCUUACCUUAGUUGAGUACAUUGCUAAUGACUAAAUAUUUGCGCGAAGAAAAAUGAUACAAGUAGAGGUGUGUACACAAUCUCUUUACACUGAAGAUUUCUUUUGUUGAAGAUUGUAGCUUUUUGUACUUUGUCAAAAGGUAUGGAAAGUUUUGACUGCUCUCAUUUCACAAAUUCAAUUCCUAAUCUCUGUGCUGGAGAUGUAUAUAUUAGUCUAUGUAUAGCAGUGGUGCAAACGAUUUGUCAUUAGUUAUGUACUCGUUAAUGAAAAUUUCACUUCAGUUUCCCGUCACUAGUGUCCUUCCAAUCAAUUUGUACUUCGAAUCUACUGAACCAUCUGCUUACUUGGCCAAACUGAGCUGUCUAUUUGUGAAUUGUGAGCGGCUUUUGCUGCACGAGUAUUGUGUGACAUUGAUAACCAGAUACUAGUGGCAAUUGGAGGGCAACUUCAUAUUUUGCGCGA